AUACCGGGAAACAGGCAAAGAAAGAAGAAAAACACCUUCGUUUAGAUUCACUGAAGAGAGAGGAUAAGCCUCCUGGGUUCAAAUAGAAAAUGGUUGAUCGGGAGAGGGAGUGGAAUUUUCAUCUCAGAUCGUUAUCUUCUAGUGCCAGAGACUCCAAUUUCGCCAACGAUCCUGCCUCCGAUCCUUCUCUCCUCAAUUCCGUGAAGAAGCUUCAUGAAUUUUGUAAAAGCGACAAGUCUGAGGAUUUGAUAGCUAGGGUUUAUCCUCAGCUUAAUAGAAUUUUUCAACGCUCCGUGUCUGCGAUUUCUCAGUCUCGUACCUCAAAUGGCAUUCUUUUACUGGCCAUUCUUCAAUUCUUUCUUGAUUUUGGAGAUGUAGUUCUACAUGAUGCCGAUCCUAAUUUAAGGACAUUUUUUCGUUCAUGCUUGAGCCGGGAGUUUGCUGACCCUGUUGUUGCAGAAGCAACUGUUGAUUUUCUGAACACCUACAAAAAAAAGCUUUUAACUUCUUUUCCUACCUUACUCCCUCAGUUUUUCCCAUUACUGCUGAAGCUGAUUGCAUGGAAUGGAGAGAAAUUGGAAAAAUCAUUUCUAAGGGUAUUUCCAGGAUUGAUAUCCCCUGGGUCAUUUCUUCCACUAUUUCCGUCACUAGUUGACAUACCAAUAUUGGUUGUGGCAUUGGAAAAAGUAGAACGGAGCUCGGGACCACUGAUUGGCAACAGCAUAGCUUCAAUUCAGAAGAGUACGGCUCCUGAGAUGCUACUUGCACUUAUGGAUGAAGCAUAUACUGGAUCAACCAUUGGGGAUGAGGGGGCAGACUCUGAAUCUGAGGACAAAAAUACUAUAGCUGUAGCUGAUCCACUAUUUCUUGAGCUUCUUAAGGAUGAGAAUGACGGCCUUGCUGAGCGGCAUUGGACUUCUCCUGGGAUGGCUGCAGCGUUGCAGGCCGCAAUUAAUACACCUCAGUCUGAUAGAUUGAAACAAGCACUGAAAAUGACACCUCGGCUAGUUGAUACAUAUUUUUCUGUAGCAGUUCGUGACAUGAAUAAUUCAUUAAUAUGUGCAUUGAUUCCUCUGCUUAUGACAAGACAUUCUACGUUAUUUCCCGACAAAAUUUUCUCUUAUGAGGUUCAAAGGAGGCUCUUAGAAUUCAUGCUUGCUGCCUUUCAUCGAUCUCCCAAUUUCAUUGCACUUCUGAAGAAGCCUAUAGUGGACAGACUUGGAGAAGCUUAUGACAGCCCUGCAAAGACCGAGUUGGCAUUACAAUUAUGUUGGGCCAUUGGGGAGCAUGGAGGGGGUGGUGGAUCUCAUAAAGAUGCAGCUCGUGAACUUUUUGAGAGUUUGGAACUACUUUUAUAUGAAAACCUUUCAUCAAGUCGUUUGGGUCUAAGAGAUUCAGCUCUUGGCUCUGUUAGUUCAACCUUCAGAAAAUCAUCACAGUCCAGACUGUUAUGUUUUGUUGUGACCGCAAUCGCAAAGCUUGCCACUUACCAUCGUGAACUACAACCAAGGGCACGAGUAUCUUUGGCAAAGGUGGCCCGUUCUCGUAUCUCAGAUGUGAGGGUCUGGAGACGUGCACGUGAUUAUUUGGGCUUAAUGAAUGAGCCUGCAAUAUGUUCGUCUGUCUUAGGUCCUUCAAGACCUUCAAGUGAAUACAUGCCUCCAGGCAGUGUCAGGUGGAUCGAGGGCGGCUCAAAAAUGAUUGCACAUGUUCCAUUUUACAUUCUAAGUGAACAAGAAGGUCCUCCAUUUCAUGAUUUUUCAUUUUCGGAUAUCCUUCCUGGAAAAUGAGGCUUUCUAUUCCAAGGGAAGAUUCGCUGGACAAUGUUGUUCAGUUGGGGUUUUUUUUUUUUGAAAAUUUGAUUUGUAGUUCAAUGUGAACUAAACAACAUAUUUAUUAGAUUUAGCAAGAGGUGGAAAAAAUGAACUCAUUAGAAAGAAGAGUUGCCAUGAAAAAAUAUAUGACAAAAUAAUUUUGUAAUGGUGUUAAUUUAAGUUCAUAAGGAUUUUCAGAUUGUAUUAAUGUGAUAUAAUUUUU